UAUUUGUAACUACAAAUUAAGUUUCCUAAAAUAAAUAAUCAAUGAAAAAGUAGAAUUUAGUGAGCAAUGGAUGAAACCACAGAAUGUUUACUUGAAAAAUCUAAUUUUUUAAGCAAUGAAAAAAUUGAUGCAAAUAUUGAAGUUACAAUAAAGAUGCAAGAUUUAAAUAUAAGAGAUGAACUCGUUUACAUAAAUGUUAGCGGUCAGCCAUUUAUUACCACAGUUCAGACGUUGAAUAAUUUUCCUGAUUCGUUACUUGGAAACAAAGAAAGAAGAGAUCAGCUUCAAAAAACAAACAAUGGAGAAAUAUUUCUUAACCGACAUCCAAAAGUGUUUCGAAGCAUCUUAACUUUCUAUCGAUACGGAAUUUUAGAGCAACCUUCUCGAGUCAAUCAAUUAAUUUUUGUUGAUGAUGUCAAAUACUACGGUCUUAUCGCAGAGGCAUUGGAGGUUGGAGUAAAAGGUUUUCAUAAAGAAAAAAAAGUUUAUCAUCAAAGAAAAUGGCAAACAUAUGUAUGGAACAUUUUAGAAUAUCCUGAUUCUUCCCUCGCAGCUAGAAUUUUUUCUUUGUUUUCUCUAUUAACAAUAAUACUAUCAAUAGUGGUAUUUUGCAUGGAAACGUUGCCGGUGUAUAAAGAAAAGAAAGGAGUUAUAAUGUCUUCUGACAAACAAUUUAUUAAAAAUGCUUUAGAUGAUCUUGAAAAAUUUUGCAUAAUUUAUUUUACAAUAGAAAUUAUUACUCGUUUUUUAUUCUCACCAAGUAAAUGGCGUUUUAUUAAAAACAUUCUUAACAUCAUAGACAUUAUCUCUAUUUUGCCGUUUUACGUCACAAUUGUUUUACAUACGAAGGGGUCUUAUUCAAUUUAUUUUUUGCGAGCAAUACGACUUGUUCGCGUAUUCCGCGUAUUUAAAUUAUCAAGACACUCAAAUGAAAUGAUUAUAUUAGGCGUAGCUAUGAAAGAAAGUUUUCGCGAACUUAUUGUCCUUGUGUUCUUUAUUCUUUUGGGAGUGCUACUUUUUUCAAGCGCUGUUUAUUACGCUGAAGAUGGAACAGAAACAACUUUUACCAGCAUUCCUCAAUCUUUUUGGUGGAGUAUUGUAACUAUGACAACGGUAGGAUAUGGAGAUGAAUAUCCUAAAUCUCAAUUAGGAAAACUUGUUGGUGCAGUGUGUGCAAUGACAGGUAUUCUUGUUAUAGCUAUGCCCAUACCUAUCAUUGUUAAUAACUUUACUCAGCAGUAUCAAGUUUUGCGACCAGGCUCAAAAUACUGGGAUGUUUUCCAACACAAGAAUGAUGCAAAAAAAAAAGAUAUUGCCGAAGUUGUAGACUGUUAAUAGAGAUUGCGCUUGAAUAAAACGGACUCAUUGCUAAUGGUAUAAUGGUGUAAUAAAUUAUCAAAAUAAAUUGUAUAUAGAUGAUAACCUUUCUGCACAUACUAAUGAUGAAGUGUGCUUUAAUGAAAUAGAUAAAAUAAUAACAGUUUUUUUUAACAUUA